AUGCGAAAUUUUCUAAUUGGCCUGGUGUUUUUGGCCCUGAUUUGGGUGGAGGUGGAUGCCCGUCUGGUGAGGGUUCGCCGGAUCAGAAGAUUGGUCGGCGCCACUGAGCGGGAUGCCCAGAUAACAGACUUCCGGGUUUCACCCCAGGAUGACGAAGGAGUGUUCAAGUUCGCCUUCAAGACCAGCAAUGGAAUCGAUGUGCAAGCGGCAGGAUCUCCGCUGGAGACCAUUGGCAUCUAUAGCUACACCUCACCGGAGGGCGUUCCCAUCGAGACGCGCUACAUAGCCGAUGAACUGGGUUUCCAUGUAGUGGGUCGUCAUCUUCCACAGCCACCGCCCACUCCGGACUAUAUCCUGCGAUCCUUGGAAUACAUUCGCACACACACCGAGGAUGGCAAGCUAAAGAAGCCGCACUUCUUGUGA